AGUGAACCCCAAGAUGAAGAGCCUCAUAUUCGUCUGCUGUACAGGCCUGAUAGCUUUCCCGUACGGCUGCAGUUCAGCUGCGCUGUUGCGUUAGGACUUUGGUUUCAGGUAUAUCAGGUUACAUAAUUUCAGGACCUGAGCCAACAUGAAGAGGCUAAUGUGUUUAUGCUGUGUUUCUGUUCUACCGUACCUCUGCAGUACAGAUUCACAUUCUCUGUAUGUAUUUUCAAUGUUCAUCUUUGGAAAAACACCGUUCCCAGAGUUCAGUGCAGUGGUGAUGCUGGAUGAUGUUCAGAUGUUGUAUUAUGACUCGGAUGUAAAGAAGUUAAUCUACAGAGACUACAAACCUGCCCAUGAAGAUACAUUACAGAAAGAUUUAAUAUUAAUAUUUGAUCACCAGUAUAGAAGCAUGAAAAACUGGGUUUUGGUUUUGGCAAAACACUACAAUGUUACACAUGGAGUUAAUGUUCAGCAGAGACUGGCAGGAUGUGAGCUGUUUGAUAAGGACUCGCCAGGAAUGCUGCGGUCAUGGGAAGCUUUCAACGGAGUCGGACAAGGAGAGUUACUCUUUAACUCACAGCUCAACACCCUCACGCUUCCAGCAUUGUUCACAAAUCUGUGGGACACGUUUAAAAAGAAUCAUGUUCAGUGGCUGUAUGCAAAUGUUUACAGCCCUGUCUGCAUCAAAGCACUGAAGGACUUGCUGCAUGAGAACAGAAAUCAAAUCAGGAGGAAAGUAAAGCCCAGAGUCAGGCUCCUCCAGAAGGCUCCUACACACUCUGGAGGGGCCUUGCUGACCUGCCUGGCCACUGGCUUCUACCCGCGUCACAUCAACCUGACCAUGCUGAGAGACGGCCAACCCGUGACUGAGGAGCGUGUGAUUGGAGGGGAGGUGCUGCCUAACGGAGACGGGACCUACCAGAUGAGGAAGAGGCUGGAGGUCAGUGCAGAGGAGAUGCGAGAGAAACACAACUACACCUGCGCGGUCAUGCACCUCAGCCUGGACAACAAGAUUGACAUCAGCAUGGAAAUCAGGCUCCCUGUAGACGCGUCCACCAUGACUGUGGUGGUUAUGGUGCUUGGGCUGGUGGUUGUGUGUGUGAUUGUUCCUGUCACUGUUUUCCUCGUAUACCGCAGGAAACGCAACGGAGCAAAGAAAUCCCCUCUGGUCACUUACACUUCUGUGUGCAGCAAUGUUCAGAGUGAGGCAUCUUCAGACACUACCACUACAAACUAGAGCACUCAAUUUGUACUAUGCUGGAUAUGGUAUUGUGUUUCGCUGUCAGAAAUACAGAACCGGAGGGUCUGAAUGAACGUGGAGUGGCAUUAAAGGGCAUUAAAGGGCAUUACCGCAGCCUCACGGACAGAACGAAAUAACGCAGGAAGCUGCGCUGUAAAUGCGCAGGGUAACAAAAGAAAAUCGCCAGUUAAGAUGGUGUCAGACUACUGUAUGAAUUUCAUGGCAUGGAAAUAACUCGUUUAAUUACAUUUUGAAUGGUCUAGAAGCAUCUCCAUGAUAUAAAGAAUGUGUACGCUUUGAUUAUAUCUAUUAAAAAUUAUUCUGACUCAUUACAUUUCUAAUAGUUAAUAUUUAGUAUGAUGUGGCGGAACAGGUGUUUUCGUGUCCCCACGCAUAAGGUAUACAUUUUUACAUGAAUUCAUAAAUGAUUUUGGGUGACUGUGGUUAAGAACUGUCCCAUAGUUUCUGCACACGACUAGUUGUAUUUCAUUAGUGUAACUUUGUGCAACCUUUAAUCACGGGUUUUGGUGCUGUAAUUUAAUUACUUCAUUGCUGUUUUGUUUUUUGUAUGUUUCUACUGUCUCUCUAUGUCAAUGAUCAAUAAGUCACUAAAAUCUUAAAGAAAA